GAUACUUGUUAUAAUUGUUCAUAAUAAUAUCAUCAUCCCAUCCAACAAACGUCGGUGAGGAUUCCUUAUAGAAGAAAAGUGAGAGGAUUGUACUCUGUUGGUGGCUCCUUCCUUGAGUUCCUCUUAUCUCGCACUUGCCCUUUGCACUUGCACUUGCACUUGCACUUUCACCGCAGUCGCACCUGCCGUCGCAGCUGGAGUCACUUCCUCACCAUCGCUCCUUCCUCCGAAAUUCAUCGCUGGAUAUUCUUCUUCUGUCACCUGAUCUGAUCUGAUCUGAUCUCAAUCGAAACCCACGCGGCGUCCCUCGUCCACAACCUCAACGUCACCAUGUCGUUACCACGGCUGUUUCGUUCGUCGACAUGCACGGCCACGCGAUCUCUGCGUCAAGUCACUUCCCCCGUUUACUCCGGUGCCUCGUUGCGACCACAAUACUACAGAUCCUUCUCAACUUCGCUGCGGAGACAAGAGUUGGCCAUUGAUGAAGAUGCUGCAGCCAAAUUGCCCAACAUCGACCCUUCACUGUGCGAGGUCACAAACUCGAUCACCCCCAAGGCGUUGGUUGCAAACCAAGAUCUAGUGUUCGGACGCACCUUCACUGACCAUAUGCUCUCCAUCGAAUGGACCGCUUCCCAGGGUUGGCUGCCCCCGCGCAUUACUCCCUACCAAAACCUCUCCCUCGACCCUGCCACCUGCGUCUUCCACUACGCCUUUGAAUGCUUCGAAGGCAUGAAGGCUUAUAAAUGCACACACGAUGGCUCUCUGCGGCUGUUCCGACCUGACAAGAACAUGGCUCGCUUGAACGGAUCUGCUGCUCGUAUUGCGCUACCCACUUUUGACGGCGACAAAUUGACCGAGUUGAUCGGGCGCCUGUGCAAGAUUGAUGAACGUUUCAUCUCCUCAGAAAAGGGUUACAGUCUAUACCUCCGACCCACCCUCAUCGGCACACAACGCACUCUGGGCGUCGGACCCCCGGGAUCUGCUCUUCUCUACGUGAUUGCCUCGCCUGUGGGCCCAUAUUACCCAACGGGAUUCAAAGCCAUCAACCUUGAAGCCACCGACUACGCCGUCCGCGCAUGGCCUGGCGGCGUGGGUGACAAGAAGCUGGGCGCAAACUAUGCGCCCUGCAUUGUUCCCCAGCUCAAGGCUGCAAAGAAGGGGUUGCACCAGAACCUGUGGCUGUUUGGACCUGAGGAGUACAUCACCGAGGUCGGCACCAUGAACCUGUUUGUAUGCAUCAAGAACAAGGAGACAGGCCAGAAGGAGCUGUUGACCGCCCCACUGGACGGUACCAUCUUGGAGGGUGUCACACGUGACUCCGUUUUGACCUUGGCUCGGGAACGAUUGGAGCCCAAGGGCUGGAAAAUCACCGAACGAUACGUCCGCAUGCCCGAGCUAGCUGAAGCAGAGGCUGAAGGACGACUGCUGGAAGUCUUUGGCGCUGGCACAGCGGCCAUUGUGGCGCCUGUGAGAAAGAUUGCCUACAAAGAUAAGAUGAUUGACUGUGGUCUAAAGGAGACCGAGGAGGCCGGAGAGGUCGCGUUGACGAUGAAGAACUGGAUCGAGGCCAUUCAAUAUGGUGACGAGCCUCACCCCUGGAGUGUCAAGAUCUGAGAUGUCGACCAUGGACAAGCACCACUUGUAUAGACCAUGUCACAAAAAAAAGGCGGCGUCCUCUAGGAUAUCCAUAUUCAGGCGGUGAGAGAGGAUUUGGCUGCAAUAUUGCACAGACUAGCCAGCUGUCAAUGAAUGUACAAGAUGGGAUAAAUCAAGUUAUUUGUGCUCGACCCAAAGAUUCAGCUAAGCUACAUUAGAAAGACUACCUGACCUGCUUACCUUAUGUAUGAACCCCAUAGCCCUUUUCGAACAAUUUGAUUAUGUG